UGCCUGGCCUCGAUGAGUUGGAACUUGCUCGAGCGCUUCAUCGAGUCGGAACACUUCAACCGGGAUCCGUCGUUGACUGUGGCCUAUCUGGCUCGAUACGCCGACCAUGUUGGAAUCCAAUACGUUCUCUGCUCCAAGCUGCGCCAGUUCAGCUAUGAAGACAUCGAGUUUUUCCUGCCGCAGCUAUGCCACCUGGUCAUGUCGCUGGACAAUGAAAGCAUGGCCCUCGAGGACUUUAUCCUAGAUCUAUGCGAGGAGUCGGUGAAUGGCGCUCUCCUGACGUACCUCCGCGACCUCGCCCAAACUCCCACUUCCAACGCUUUCAAGACGUGUCGUCGCAUCUACAACCGAGUCCAACGAAUCGUCUUUGGUUCAUCUGAGCCCGUCCGUCGAGAGAAGAUUACCGAGAAUGUCCUGCCCGUCACUCUGUUGUCCAGUCUUGUGCUCGGUGCUAUAGCUGCGCCCUUCCUCCCCCGUCAUGCUGGUCCACUGGCCAUAGCACAAGCCAGGAGGCCGCGUCCUGUCGAAGAGACCAUCUCCGACAACAUACAACCACAGCGCAUUUCAAGAAGUCAUACUGUUUCAGGCGCCUCUGCUCGCUCGAGAAGGCCUCGUCCUCCUCCACAAGCGACCAAGGAUGUUUCGACUCCACCAGGCACCUCGACACCCAAGAAAGCGUCGCGACCCAUGUCAAUGCUGGUCAAAGAUAGCCCGACACCGGCGAAAGAGUCGCCCAGCAACCGCGCCAUGGCAGAAGCUUUGCGCGCAACACAAAAUAACAAGGCCUUUGCAAGCACAUCGUCUCUUCCAGAGCUUCCCUCACAGCCAGCUCCUGAGGCCCCGCGUUUGUCUCGCCAGCAUACAGAACACUCUGUCCGCCGCCAUUCCGCUAGUACAAAGGCCAUCAAUCUUGCCAACCUAUCGCGUUCACAAAAAGUCCGCAUGCUUCGGUCAAACUAUUUCCGCAGUCAGACACAGUUCCUCAGUGCCCUUGAAGAUAUCUCCAAUCGAUUGGUUGCUGUGCCAAAGCCUGCUAGAUUGAGUGCUCUUCGUGCUGAGCUCGCCCUCAUUGCCCAGGAUUUGCCUGCAGAGGUCGAUGUGCCCCUGCUCUGUCCUGCGACUCUUCCAGAUGGCAGUGCUAGCCGAAGUCAACAUCACCGUAUCAUCAGGCUCAACCCUGCCGAAGCCACUAGUCUGAACAGUGCCGAGAGAGUACCUUAUCUGUUGAUGGUAGAGGUCUUGCGGGAAGAUUUCGAUUUCGAUCCUGAUUCUGACCAGAAUACACAACUUCUUACCAAGCUGGUACUUGAGAAGGGUAAACCUAAGCGUCGUCUCUUUGAUAUUACAGAUGCAUCACGAGAAUCUGCUCGCUACCAGACUGAAACUACAGUCGAGAACGAUAGUGUUUUGGAACCUGCGUCCGGCGAUCUGGCUAGCCCUGCUUUGCUGCAAGAAUUGGAAGGACAUGACACUCCCCGUAACAUUUCUAGAUCACAUACUCCUUCCAACGCCGCUAUGUUGAGAGAGCUUCCUCGACUAUCCAGCGGUGUGAGCACUUUGUCGUCAUUAAGCCUGACGACCCCUCGAACAUCUGACCUGCCAAUGAGUAGAUCUGUCAGUCCCUCACCUUUUGCUUCAGCGGCUGGCCGCUCGCAAGCAUCAGACCAACCCGACUUUUCUGCUUUGGCAACUCACAUGCGAGCUGCUUCGUCCAUGCUCUCACAACUCGACAUGAGCAGCUCAAAACGGCCAAAGGCCGAAGUCGCCGCUAUCAAAGCGAGAAUCAUUGCCAGUAUGCAAAGUCUGGAAGAGCAGAGUUUCUACACUGACGACACGGCACACGCCACAAACUUUGACGCCAUCAUGGCUAAUGCGAACAACAUUGGCUCACAUGCAGAGCCAGCCGACAUCGAAGACCCGGCCUUGGAAGCUGCAGAAGCAGAUCCCAACUUGAGUUCAAACGCAGGUGCCGCACGCAUGGAAAACGACAUCAAGACCGGAGGCGUACAGCGCAAAGGCGACCGCGACGACCCUUCAGCAGCAACCUUUGGCGAAGCCUGGGAAAUGAAGAAAGAACGUAUUCGCCGCUCUUCUCCUUAUGGCUGGAUGAAGAACUGGGACUUGAUUUCCAUGAUCGUAAAGACCGGAGCGGAUUUACGUCAAGAAGCCUUUGCGUGUCAACUUAUCGCUGUGUGUUCGAAGAUCUGGGCGGAAGCUGAGUGUGACGUUUGGGUUAAGAAUAUGCGUAUUCUUGUGACGGGAGAGUCUUCGGGUUUGAUUGAAACAAUCACCAACGGUGUUUCUUUACACUCUCUCAAACGCUCUUUAACACUUUCUUCCAUCGCUUCUGGCACCAACCCUCGCAAACGCAUCGCCACCUUGCACGACCACUUCACCACCACAUUCGGCAAACCAGAUUCUGCAGCUUACGUCUCUGCAGUCGACAACUUUGCUAAGAGUCUCGCUGCAUACUCUGUCAUCUCAUACAUCCUCCAACUCAAAGACCGACACAACGGAAACAUCCUAAUCGACAAUGUGGGCCACAUCGUCCACAUCGAUUUCGGCUUCAUGCUGUCCAACACCCCAGGCAGCAUGGGUUUCGAAGCCGCCCCUUUUAAGCUCACCCAAGAAUACAUUGAUGUAUUGGGAGGCCUGGAGUCCUCUGCAUUUACAUCCUUUAAGCAACACAUGAAAAAUGCAUUCCAAGCUUUACGUCGCGAAGCAGAGAGAAUAGUCAUGCUAGUAGAACUCAUGGGCAGAGAAAGCAGGAUGCCGUGUUAUUCAGGCGGUGUGGUGAAUGUGGUUAAUGCAUUGAGGCAGAGAUUUGUGCUGGAAAAAAGUAAAGAGGAGGCAGGGGUUUGGGUGGAGGAGUUGGUGGCCAAGAGUGCGGGAAGUUAUUAUACUAGGCUUUACGAUACUUUCCAGUACCGGACUCAAGGGAUCUAUUAG